CUAAGAAACGAUAACUGAAGAUUUCGAUUCAAAAGCUUAAUCCAAAAACAAAAACCCAGCAAUCUCUGACACGAUUUGCAUACACCCCUCUUAUCUUUCUUCACGAUUUUUAACAGGUGUUCUGCGUCUGCCCUCUGCUUUAUCAAUCUCAAUCCCUGGAUUUUUGUCAGUUAUGGGUUUGAUCCCUUGUUGAUUUCGGGGUUCUUUUAGGAGUUAAGAGGCAAAUAGGAGAAUGGUGAAGUGAUGGCAGCAGCUGAAGCAAGAGCCGUGUGGCAGAGAGCGGUUAACCGUUGCUUUGUCCAAGAAGACGCUAAAAGAGCUCCCAAGUUAGCUUGCUGCCAGCCAUCUUCGUCUGCUUCGGCUAAGCAGGUUGAUUCUGGUUCUGGCUCUGCUGGAGUUCCUGAUCCACGGGAUCAAUCUUCUGCAUGCUUCAUGCCUCUUAACCGAAACCAUAGAUUCCCAGAUCUUUCCUCCGACACGAGAUGGUGGGCUCAGAUGAAACCCGGCUAUGGAAACCAGAAUGAACUGAUGAGCCCAUCAGAGGCUGAUAUCGACAUUCCAGGAGAAGGGUCUGCAAGUUUACCAGCCAAGGACGACAGUUAUUUUCUUCCGGAGAUCGAUCAGGACAGUGUCAGCUGCAAGAAGCGGAAUCUUGAAACUGGAGAGACUGAAGGAAAGACUUUUACAUGUGAGGACUUUCAAGAGUAUAUCGAGUCGAUGGAAACGAGGGAAAGUUACGGUUUUGUUAACAUCGGAUACGAGUCUUCCGAAAAGUUCAAUGAGCUCUCUUUUGAUCUGGACUCGCCCUGGAAUCUUUCGAGCGAGAAGGCUGAGCCAUGGUGGCGGACUACAGAUACAGAUGAACUGGCCUCCUUUGUUGCACAAAAAUCUCUAGACUAUGUUGAGAACUGUGAUCUACCUCCUCCGCAGAAAAUGCACAAAGGGAGACACUCUUAUAGUAGUCCACGUUAUUUCGGCAUUGAUGGAUUAUCAUCUGUGGAUCGAUCGCAGGCGGGUUAUAUCACUAACCCAACCGUUCAAGGCCAUGGGCAACAGAGAGCCGGAUUUGAGCAAUCUAGCUCUGAAAUAUCAUUCAGCCAUAAGACAAGCAGCCUCAAGGACAGAGCAGAGAAGCCAUGGCAGGAUUCAUCAGAGUCUGGACUAAGCAAGGCAGAGCUAUUACAAGCACUACGCCAUUCUCAGACACGUGCAAGGGAAGCCGAGAAGGCGGCAAAAGAAGCAUGCGAAGACAAAGAUCAUCUCGUGAAGAUCUUGUUCAAACAAGCAUACCAGCUUUUCGCCUACAAGCAGUGGUUCCAACUGCUUCAGCUUGAAGCUCUCUACCUACAGAUAAAGAAGAAGAAGAAGAAGGGCAACAACACAGACCCAUCAAUGGAAAACCUUCCAUGGAUGCAUAACGAAGCUGGAAAACAGAGGAGGCAAUGGGAAAAGGACAACAGAGACAGAGGGUCUAAACAGAACUCCGAUGUGACAAAGUAUGCUGUUGCAUUUGCGUUAGGGUUGCUGCUUGGAUGGACGGUCGGAUGGAUGCUUCCAUUCUAGAGAUAGAGAGUGCGUGUGUGUGUUUCGUGUGAAGAACCCUCUUCAUGUUGUCCAGAUUGGCCUUUGAAUGCCAUUUCUCAAAUUUGGUUUAAUGGGUUUUUUAUGUUGUAAGAAUUUUGUUAAUAUUCUGUAUAGAUAUGUAAUGUUUAUAGCUUUGAUCUGUGUUCUGUGUUGUGUCUC